AUGCGUGAGGCUCAGGAGACGGAGCGAUUGCAUUCAACAGUGCGACUAAACCAGUUAACACUACAGUUUGAGGAUCCAAUACUAGAAAAAAAGUAUCAAGCGAGGCUACACCCACGGAAGAAAGCAUUGUGGUUGCGUUCACUGUUACCAGCUGCAGCCUCUCAAAUUUUAUUCGCCUUAGCAGAUGGUCUUGAUUUUCCUAUUGAGUAUUUAUUACUUACGGUUCCAACUCGAGUUUUUGUGGCGAUGCUUCAAGUGGCGACGUGGGUAUUAGUUCGGUGGGAUCUAGUACGAGUGAGAGAGCAGACAAUAUUUAUGGUAUCAAUGGCUAGUGGAAUUCCCACCUUAUUGCUGUAUACGUUACAACGACCAAGUCUUUGUCAAUGGGAUGCAUUAUUUGUAACGUUUGGACUUUCAUUCUAUACAAUUCCCAAGAUAACACCACUGAGUUAUGUGUCGUCUUUUUACGGUAGUUGGGCGACGACUGCAUUGUAUACGGUGCUUACUUUUGUGGUUCAACCUCCACGAAGACAAGCAGAAGGCGUACUUGGUAUUUUCUUCUUGGUGCCAAUGGUUUGGGUUUUCAAUACCGUUGCUUACUAUUCCGAGUGUAAUUCUCGUGAACGGUUUGCUCUCCGACGGCGUUUACAUCGUGAAAGUAUUACUCUAGCAGUGGCAUGUACGUCUCCAAGAGGUGAAGCUGUGACACCAGAUGGAGAAGAGGAUGGAUGGCUGCUAUUGCGCAAGUUGUCUCUGCGUGGAAUAAUAGUAACCAAGACCAACAGUACGGCAUCUUUUGUCGUCGCUGUGAUACUUUGGGGAGCUUUUACGCUAGGUAGCUGGACAUCACUUCCAGACACGCUAAAGUUUGUAGAUGAGGCCACUGGAUGGGCUUGGUUCAGCCAUUGUGCAGGUGUGACGGUGUUUCUUCUCGUGAUGACAAGACGGCUUCGAUGGCUGCUGGUGGUGCCAGUUGUUGGUGCAUUCUUGUUGUGGGUACUGUCGCUGGCGAUGCCGGCAUCAUGGAUUAUUUUUUCAGCUCAUAGUAUGGGAUACGGUCUGCUCCUGGCUUCCGUGGUAAUUGCCAUGGGCGUAUUUGGCUGGUUUGUGUGUGCGUGGAAAGAGCUUGUAUCUUUCCUGACACAAUCUUGCUUCCUGUAUCCACAACUGCAGGCUGGUAUGGAAAGAGAGUAUCCGCUGCUUGUGCGAAUCGUGUCCGAGCACACAGCCGGAUUUGAUCCUGAAAUGUUGUCUGCACGAGUUCCGGCAACGACUGCAAUUAACUAUAUGGGCACACAAACAUUGGAAGCCACCAUAACUUCAUUACAACAAGUAGAGCUUAGCAAGGAAGCACCGACUGAAAGUUCCCUGAUUGCCAACCAGCAAAACGAAAAAACGAAAAACAUUGAAGUCGCAAACACAAGUAAGAAGCAACAUCCAUCUACGACUAGCAAACGCCAGGAACCUACGCCUUGUCUGAAAAAGACUAUGAUCGCGUCAGUAUCAGCAUCCGAACGAGAAGAUAUGGUGGUAGCCACUGACACAUCCUCAGGUCGCAAGAUGGUUUCGGUGUUGCCUUCUUCUAAGCCGGGAAAGUGCUUUUUCUGCUCUAAAAAUGAUGCAGAGCACCUUGUGCCUGCCUGCGGAAUGUGGGGCAAGUGGGCUUAUUGGCGAAUGAAUCAGCAGCACAACGUUUCGACAUUUACAAACAAGGCGGCAAUUUCGAAAGGCACGAUUGCUGUUUCAAUGUGCACGUCGUACUAUGAUCUUCAAAACAGCAAGUUGCAGCUUGAGGCCCGUAUCGAAGAGGAGGAAAAGAAGAGCUCUGAUCUCAUGGAAAAGCUCACAACAUGCGAAGGAUUGAAGCAGAAACUGUCGGUGGAAAACGUAAGUCUGAAGGCAGAGCUAUGUGCAACGAAGGAAAAACACGCAGAAGAUUUACGGCGGCAAGAGGCGCAUCUUCAGGAGAAAAUGGAGGCUAUGCAGAAGGAAACAAAUCGGUUAGCUCACGAACGUAAGGUGCAGGCCAAAACUAGUGCAGUAACAUACGCCACUACAUUGCAAAAGCGGCUUGCGGUCAGCGAGCUUCUUCUUCGUGAGGCUAAUACCUGUGUCCAAACUGCCAACGAAGAAGCAGCGGUGUUGCGUUCGAACCUCAAGCAAAGAGAAGAAGACGUUGUUGAAUGGCGAACCAAAGCAGACGAACUCAUAAAGCAGCUAGCGAGCAUGGAACUUCGUCUACAGCACCAGCCGCAUGGCCGACCAUCUUCACUUGUCGGUCCCUCAGCGCUGGAUCUUUCGCUCGUCUCUACGGCUAGUGGAGGGCCGUUGGUAAAUGCUUCGCCUGUGGCAUCGCUUCAUACCUUCCAGCCUGUUGGACGUCUACCGUAUGCACAAUCACUAGAAAUUGAAGGCCUGCGGGAGUCUAGCAGACACGCGCAUGACGACGUGGACUACUCAAAACGAUGGCGACUCCUUCAGGAUUCUGAUAUCAGCAAAAGCGGUGCACAGUGA